AUCAAAAAAUUGCCAAUAGGUAAAAAGAUCGUAACGUUGAUUACAUGAGGUUAUUUUGUUAAAUACUAAAUAAAAGUGCAUUAAAAUAUCUAACUAAGCUACAAAUAAAUACAAACAACAAGAAAUCCUUAUCUUAAGUCUACUAAAGUGCGAGUUAGCAGUGUUUUAUUGAGGGAAACGAAGGACGAAAACUUUGUUACAAAAUGCCUCCACCACCAAAAAAGGCGCCUACAAAAGGUGCUAAGCAAAUCCUCAGUGAAAAUACGGCUACAGUUCUUUUCUACCGCAAUAUGGCCCUAGCUGCGUGUGCAUUUUACGGCAUUUUGACCGGCGCAUUGUACUACGAUCAACUCACUGGAUGGAUCAUUUUUCUGAACGUGUUUGUGUUGGUGAUUUACAUCGGGUGCUACCGCAUGAUGACGUACAUCAGCCGACCGACGUACGCGGACAACAGCCAGCUCAUCGACCCGGGCCUCGACUUGAACAUGGAGGGUGGGAUGGGAGAACACGUGAAAGACAUAGUGAUCCUGACAUCCAUAACGCACGUGCUCGCCGUCGCGUCCAACUAUUUCUGGCUCCUGCUGGUCCUGCUGCCGCUGCGGGCCUUCUGGCUGCUCUGGACCAACAUCCUCGGGCCCUGGUUCUUCCAAGAGGCGCCGCAGGACACGGAGCAGAGUGAAAAGAAACAAAAGAAGUUGGAAAGGAAAAUGAAGCGGUAUCAGCAGUAGUUUAGGAGCAGGUUCGCUAAGGCGGUGAAAUGUCGUACAAGGCUGAUUUAGUACCAGUAUGCCUGGCCAAGAUGACAAUCGUUGAUAGAAAUGGUCGAAACUUAAGUGUAAAUGUGUUUAAAUAGUCACGUGACUUUUCGUGGCAUCCAGGUACAAAAUUUUCUUUUCGUUUGGACUUUUCUCGUAUGUAGUAUGAUUAUCAUAUUGGCUAGGCCUCCUUAUCAUUGUUUACGCGGUUAUUACACUAAUGCGAAUUCGCACGCCGCUCCUGUAUACGAGCGAGCGAGACAGCGCUAUGCAAGUAUAGAUAUAGCGAGGUCCCGCUCGCACAUCGGAGCAACGUGCAGAUCUGCACCCAAUGUAAAACUGCCUUAUAACAAGCAAACGUUUUCCUCGGCCGGCCUAGUUUAAAUAUCCUCUUCGAUUACGCAUAGUUUUUAUGGACCUCGAGGUCGGUUUUGCUAAAGAUUCGUUGAUUGUGAUGUAAAGUCUAAUAAAAAAUCGUGCACACUAGUGUGACAGCUGAAAUAGAUAGCGUUGUACACGCAGCCGCAAAAUUGCAUGGCCACUUUAUGAUUUAAUUCUUCCAUCGUGUGUGCAUGCAAUUUUCAGCUCGCUGUACGUUUCGUGGUCACUGGAUCGCAAACGUCAACUUUUGAUAACCAGCGAUAACCGCGUAAUGUGAGGAAGCUUACAGCAGCGCCACCUACAUCAGCUAUCAAAUUUGAAGCGAAAAUUAGUCUUAAAUUUUAGGCUUAUACGAUCAAUGAAUUUUUGGUGUUUCAUAUGAGCAAAUACUGAACACAUACAUAUUAUGUUAGCUUGACCAUUCGUACUGAACGUAUCAUGUUAGCGAAUGUAAAUGGAUCGAUCGAGUCUCAACCACUGCCCAGUACAGUGGCGUAGCUAGGUGUGGGCGAAAUGGCCUCGCCCCCCAAGAGGGGCCUCGCGCGAGGCCCCUUCGGGCACAGUGAAAGAAAAGGGCCUCGCAGAUGCGACUUCGCCAACGGCUAGUUUAUGAGUUCACGCUACCUGGGCCAGUACCUAUUUUAUAAAGAAGAGCUUUAAUGAGACAAAACAACGCACUUGGUCCAUUAAAAUGACGCGGAUCUUAUGAAAUACACGUCAGUUUUUCACUCACACGACUGUCUGCCCGAUUCGAACUAUAAGGUACGGCAAUUAAUAGAUCUAGAAACGAUAUGGAAUAGAUGUGUCAGUGUCAAAAGUGACGUUUUUGUUUGAUGAUACGUCAGAUUUGACACUGACAUAUCUAAUCCAUAUCGUUUCUAGAUCUAUUCAAUGACUUAUCUUGAAGUUCGAAUUGGGCCGUGUGGACACAUGACUGUGUGAAAGAAUGUUUUUCCUAGGUUUAUAUGCAUAAAGCUUGUUACAUACCUAUAUAUUUAUUAAAAUUAAGAAGUAAAAGUACAUUAAGUGUUAUUUACUUGAAAUCAUUUCUUAAUGUUUUUUUGGCAUGGUUAUGGACACAUUUUGUAAAAAUAAACUUCUAAAUUAAGUAUA